AUGGCUGCCCUUCGCUCGACUUCGCGCCUCUUCGCCUCCUCGAGGCCCCUCUUCCGUCCUGCCGUCUUUGCUCGUUCCUACGCGACCGUCGAGAGAGAUAACCCGACGACUGCCACCGGAUAUGCCAACCCCAAGACCAUUCCCGCGACCCAGACCUCCGAUGUUGCAGAGCAAAAGCCCUCCCCCGAUGCUCGCAUGAAGACCUUCCACGUCUACCGCUGGAACCCGGACCAGCCCACCGAGAAGCCCAAGAUGCAGAGCUACCAGUUGGAUCUGAACAAGACCGGUCCCAUGAUGCUGGAUGCGCUCAUCCGCAUCAAGAACGAACUCGACCCGACCUUGACUUUCCGGAGAAGCUGCAGAGAGGGUAUCUGUGGAAGUUGCGCCAUGAACAUUGACGGUGUCAACACUCUUGCUUGUUUAUGCCGCAUUCCGACCGAGACCACCCAACAGUCGCGCAUCUACCCAUUGCCUCACAUGUACGUGGUCAAGGACUUGGUCCCUGACUUGACCCACUUCUACAAGCAGUACAAGUCGAUCAAGCCGUACUUGCAGCGUGACACUCCUGCCGAGGACGGCCUUGAAUUCCGCCAAAGCCCCGAGGACCGGAAGAAGCUGGACGGUCUCUACGAAUGCAUUCUGUGCGCCUGCUGCUCGACCUCGUGUCCCUCGUACUGGUGGAACAGCGAGGAGUACCUCGGACCCGCCAUUCUCCUGCAGUCGUACCGGUGGUUGGCCGACUCGCGUGACGAGCGCAAGGCCGAGCGCAAGGCCGCUCUGGACAACAGCAUGAGUGUGUACCGUUGCCACACCAUUCUCAACUGCUCGCGGACCUGCCCCAAGGGUCUGAACCCGGCUUUGGCGAUUGCUCAGAUCAAGAAGGAGCUUGCUGCGCCAUAG